CUUGUGGAAUUCAGGAAGUGAGUGAGUCAGUGGAGAGAACAGGUGGAGAUUGAUUGUUUGGAAGAGCUGGGAAUCCUUGGUGUGCUGCUAAACAACUUUAAACAACAAAAGGAAGUUGCUCUCGGCAGAGUUAUUUAAUCCCCAAGCAGCUCUUGCUGUUUGGGGAUAAAUACUUCUAUUGCUGAGAGGGUGGAAAAUGCAGAUGGAGAACAUGGAGAAGGAAAGAGGAUUUGACAAGAGGAAUGUGAGAGAAAAGGAGGACGAGGGUGAACAAAGUGAGAGAAAUUAUGAGAAGCGGCUAACAGUACUGGUGGAGAUAGAGGGAGAGGACAGAAUCACCAUGAUGGAAGUGUUGAAGAAAGUAAGAGAGGAGUGUGGAGUGGUGAUCGGAUGUAGAUAUAAAACUCCACGACAAUACGAGCUGACAAUGGAGGAGGAGAAAGGAAAGGAGAAAGUACUAGAUGGACUAAAGAUAAAAAAGAGCAGAAUCAUGGCGAAAGAAAGAAGUCGCACUGAGAUGGUGGUUUCGUUCCUGGGACUGCCAACGUAUAUCCAGGAUGAAGAUAUAUUGAGAAAGCUGACGGAAUGGGGAGUGACGGCGGUUUCAAGAAUCAAAAGGAGAAUGUGGCCAGGAACUGAUAUCGCAGACGGAACAAGAUUCUUAAAAGUCAAAUUCACAGACACCGUCAAAUCGCUGCCAUAUUCUACGAAGUUUGAGACAGAGGGGGGAGUGGAGCACUUUCGAGUAAUCCAUGACAGACAGGUGAAGGUGUGUCGCUUGUGCAUUCAACCUGGGCAUGUGGUGAGAGACUGUCCGAGCUUCAAGUGCUAUAGGUGUAGCAAACAAGGACAUUAUGCACGAGAAUGCAAUGAAGGGAUUUGCAACACGUGCGAGAUGAGAACUGGAUUAUGUGUGUGUGUGAAACGCGGGUGGAGAUGGGAGAAGAGGACAGCGAGGGAAAGUUAUCGGAUCUGUAUGAGGUGGAUGAGGAAGAGGAUGAGGAGGGGGGAGAUUCAGUGGCUGUGGAGGAGGUGAGAAGAGACACAUGGAGCAGAAAAGGUGCAGCAGCAGAACAGAGAGUUACUGGGAGGGAGAGCUGCAGAGAGGAGGUGGUCUCGGAGCUGUGGCUGAGAGAGGGGAAAGAAGAAAAGAAAGGUGAGGAAUUGAAACUGAGUAAAGAGGCAAGUUCAAAGGCUGGAUAUGUGAAAAUAUCGAAGGAACAGAGGACUGAAGGAGAAGAUGGGGAGACAUCUAAAAGUGGUGGUGAAAGUCAAGAAGGUGGUAAUGCGCAAAGUCAAGGCAUGAAAAUCCAGGAGUUGAGAAAAAUGAAAGAGAAGGUCGAUGGAGAAGGAGGAGAGAACGUGGUGCUAGAGACUCCAGGAACAAAUGUGGAGGAGGAAAUGGACACAUGUGAGGAGAAGAACAUUGGACUACAGAGGAAAAGAAAGAAGAAAGGGAUGGAACAGUAUAGCGGAAUAAAAUGCAAGCCCCAUCAUUAAGGAGAGUUUUGCAAAGCAGCUACUCCGCACCAAGAGACAGAAGCCUGGACACCCUGAUGAACCUAUGAGGGAACACAUGCUGCAUA